UGAGCCGACUGAGACACUGGCAUUUUUGACGAGGACGAAGAACCUAUACUAACACUCUAAUUUGAAGUGCUUUACUUAAAAAAUAUAACAGUUUUUUAUCCACAGAAGGAUUAUCAUCACGUCAGACGGAAGUCUAUCUUGAAAAAAGAAGGAGAGAGAACACCCUUGUAUCACCCCGUUACCAGCUGGUGACGAUUUUUAAGAAAGUAGCUGGGUACUGUUCGCUCGUCAUGGAAUAUCGAACAGCUUCGCAGCUUCACGACGGUCACAGAUGGAGACAUAUUUUGUUAUACGCUGGACACCGCUGUGAAUCUUGGAAAAUAUUACCUUGCCUCUGCAUCUACGCUUACUAUCAGAAUUGAAACAAAAGGAAGACUGUACACAGACGCACCCUUGGGACGAGAACUUCCUUCUGUGCAACUCAAACUUGUGUUAUCAGAGGGACAAAGGGAGGGACAGUAACAGGGAAACGAGGAGAAAACUACAGAGGAGGCUACCCACUAUGUAUGACAGCACUAACAUCCAGGAGCUAUCAGAUAAUAUCAGUUCUGGCGCUAAUUUGAAUUCUCAUUUGGGCGGAGCGGCAUCGCUGCUGGAUGAGGAGGAGGAAUCUGGAUGCAGUACAGCGAAUGCCAGUGGAAAAGGCUCCCACGUCCCAGCAAUCGUCAGGGCGUCGGGGGAAUAUACUAAUAGCCUGGAAGAGCGUGCGUCCAGGGUCGAGGCUGCGCCUCACGCUUCAACACGCCGGACACGGCUGCACAGGCAGCACGAGGUGAGCGAACCUGGCUACGUCGGUGCAGCCAGCGUCCGCGGCGUUUCGCAGAAAUUAUCGAUAGAAGGACCCGAAAAGGGCUCUCAUAGCCCAGCCAUGCGAAAAAAAUACUUAAAAGACCUGUUUGUAAACAACGGUCUGCAUAGUGGGCUCGGAAGCAUACUGCUGUCAUCCAGGAACUCUAGCGCAUCUUCCAAAGACUGCGACCACGACGCACCUUACUGCGCGGAGGAAAGCAGUAACAGUAACACAUGUUGGGCUCUCGAUCCUAUGGAGCAUGCAUGGAUGCUGUUAGUUGUGGAUGGGAAUUUUGACACCAUCGUGGAUUAUCUUUCCGAGGAUUUCAGUCUGUUGACCAAAAAGGAUUUUGUCAGUGGUUUCACCGCGAUCCACUGGCUGGCGAAGUACGGGAAGGGUGAAACACUGAUAAAGCUGUUGAAGUAUGCUGAAAACGAGGGGUUUCCAGUAAAUGUAAACUUGAAAGCAAGUGGAGGUCUCACUCCGCUGCACGUUGCUGCGAUGCACGGACAGUACAUGGUCGUUAAAAUUUUGGUCGGCGCCUUCGGUGCUAAUGUGGACGCCAUGGAUUAUAAUGGAAAGAGAGCUUGGCAGUACCUCAAAAGCAACGCCCCUGCGGAGAUGAAGGACCUUCUAGGCGGGAUGGAUGAUGAGUAUGGAACUGUUGGGUACCACAACGCCAACAACAGCGGGAGCGCAGCACAGUCCUCUAAAUGUGACGCUCAAAAGGGGGAGGAUGAGGUAGACUCCUUCACCAGGAGAAAUGAGCGUUCUAGAUUCGGAUCUUUCAGAAAGUUAUUUGCCCCGUUAUUACAUUUUGCCAGCAGAAGCACUGGAAACUCAGUGGAUACGAACUAUUGAAGUAGUGUUUGUUUAAAUGGUACUCUAUGGUAAAAUGUUUUUGCGUUUCAGAGUCGGCAAUUCACACAGCAGACGAUGCUUUCUCAACAACCAUAGUCAUAUGAGUACAAAUGUUUUGUAGACCAGUUUUAACUGU